GUCAUAGCAGUGCCUGGCCCUGGUGCCCUCCCUCUCUUAGCACUUUCUUCAGCAGCAGCAGCACAGGAAUGCAACCAUUCUCGGGACUUCCAUGGACCCUGGCGUCCUGUCUCGCGGCUCAAAUCCAUCCGACUGCACUCUCUCACGCUGAGCCCUUGGAAUAGCUCCGAGAACACAUGCGCAGAACUCCGUCAAGAACUCCAGGAUAUAAGUGCGUCUACAGCAUGUGAGGCUUCGAAAUACACCGAGAAUGUUGCGUGCUCUCGCCGUCGUGUCCCUCGCCGCUGCGGUCAUCGCUAAAGGGCCCUUUCUGAAGCAGACCACUAAUCAGACUUGGAUUUUUGGAAAUGAUCUUUGGAACGUAACUCAGGGACCGUUCUACGCCACUCAGCUAUAUUCGGAUCUCGUUCCAGGGGUGGAUUUGGUGGGAACAGCGGCUGGACAUUAUGCUGGCAUCGAUGGGGAAAAUAAUCUCGAAUGGACAUCUGCAACUAUCGUCGCCGAGGGAGCCGACUAUAUCGACAUCUCAUUCUCUGCGACACAGGGCGACUUUCAUUGGGUCGUUUUCGACGGACUUCGGGGCGCCUACCAAUACUUUGUCGGGAAGGACCUUCCGUACCUCGAGAUCUUCCGCUCUCUGUGGCGGCUCAAUCCUGACCUUUUCCUGAAUGGUCGCACCAACAUCAAGGAGGGACCAUUGCCGCCAUUCUACUUGUACUCUGCGAACAACUCGAUUAAAGUUCAGGAUGAAACAUGGGAACUGCCCAACGGCACGUUCAUCACCAAGUACGAUUGGUCGAACUUCGUCAGGGACAGAGACUAUUACGGGAUCUACGGACCUGGACUGGUCGGGUCGUGGUUCAUCCACCCCUCCAGCGAAUACUAUUCAGGCAGUCAGCUCAGUCAGACACUGACUGUGCAUCGUGAAUCCUCCACCGGCGACUCGGUGCAGCUCAAUGUCGUGCAAGACACAUCCCACUUCCGUGUCGGCAACCAGACUUUGCCUCAGGGCAAGACUUGGGGGCCUUGGCUAUGGUAUCUGAAUAACGGAUCGCUCCCGGAUGUCGUUCAACAACGUGAAAAAGAAGUUGGAGCCUUUCCUUACAGCUGGUAUGAAGACGCUGCAUAUCAGUCGCGAGGGAGCGUUGCCGGUCGGCUCCGUUUAUCUGACGGACGGAUUGGAGGUGGUGCAUCAGUGUUCCUUGGCGAUCCAGACACCUCCAUUCGACCUCUGGUACAAGGCGCCAAGUACUAUUACACAGUCACCGCUGGGGGCGACGGCGCUUUCUCAUUCCAAAACGUCCGGACCGGUCAAUAUGGCCUCUAUGUCUGGGCCGACGGUGGAUCUCUGGCGGACGUGUAUACUAAUGUCACCGUUGCACCGAUCAGCAUUGUGGAGGGACAACUCACUGAUCUGGGAGUAUUGGAGUGGGCUCUCCCGGCUGCGAGAACCUCGAUCUUCCGUUUGGGCGAUUUUGACAAGAAAUCCCUCGGCUUCAAGAAUUCGGGCUGGCCAUAUCAGCACGGGAUCACGGACCUUAGUCCCGCAAAUCUGACGUUCACGGUCGGGGCUUCUAGCGCGGGCGAGGACUGGUUCUACGCCAUGUCGGCACUAGGCACGUGGACCAUCCAGUUCCAGAUUGACGCCGCGGAUCUUGCCAAAUAUGGCGCGGGCGGCAAGGCCCUGCUCAGCAUCUCGCUUGCGAGCUACUCCCAGAGCACGGCGUUGAAUAUCGACGUAAAUGGACACCUUCUGGGCUCUCUGAGCAAAGACAAUCUGUCUAACGACCCGUCGCUCUAUCGCUCUAGCCGAAUCAGCGGAGAGUGGCACUUUUUCCAGUACAGCAUCGAUCCUUCUCAACUCGUUGAGGGCACGAACACGAUCGGGUUCACUGUGACGAGAUAUGUUCAGUGGAGAGGGCUCAUGUGGGACGCGAUAUUCUUGGAGUGGCAAGGUUAGAUACCUUCGAUCGCUGCCCUGACCCAACGGACGUUUCAUUACACGCUGGAUGAAUCGAUUAAGUUGCGGAUCAUUCUGAACUGGGAGUUGCCUUCAUCCAGAACGCGAAGCACACAUGGAGCACUAUGCCCGCCAAGAAAGAACUGCGUUGUCGAGUAAACUUGUGGUAUCAUCAAGACACGUGACCCCUUGUCUACCUGCUUCCACACUGUGACUUUGACCGAAGAUGAUAAUCCGUAUCACUAAGAAGUCUCGGUCCAUGACUUGAAUCCUUCGCCCGUUCUCACAUUCAUCCCCUUUACGCUAUAUUGAAUGAUAUGACACUCGAAACAGCAACAGCGGUUUUCGAAUCUGACGUUCCUCGGCAACCACGCAUCAUCCCUGCCUCGCCGAUUCUGCGCAUCCCACAUUUCGCGCGCGCACAAUGUGCUACGAAUAAGGAGACCGAGCCGCAGAUUAUUCGGUCAUUGCUCGCUGCCUGAUGCCCGGCGAAGUAGGACAAGCGGCCCCCGCAUCUCGAGCUUAUAGCCUAUUAUGGUCUAUGACCAGGCUUCACGCGUCGCACUUUCCUGCAGCCUGCCUGCUGUCUGAUCGUCCACAUCUGCGCGUGUGGAAUACGGCAGUUGUAUACGUACUGUGUUGUCGCCAGAUUGCCAGAUUGCCUCCACGCUUCAGCCACAGUCUCCCAUGGCAUCUGACGAGAAGGGGAAGGAAAAGGAGGUGCCUACAGACGCGGCAGAGGCGGACUCACCAUCGACAUCUGGGCCUCGCAAUCGCAACGAUCCCCCACAUAGCUUGGACGACGUUACUUCCACGCAUGAAUCCCAGUUCCUCAGUGUUCACGGAUCAGAGGAGGACACCCCAUUGGAACCGCGCGUACAAACUCAAGCUCUUCAUCUCAAUCCCAAUCCUGAUGGCGGGCUCGAAUCUUUGCUACCCAGAACGGAAUCUUCGCGUCCCUUUGCAACAGCGGCCCAGGCCAUGGAACAAGAGCACCGCGAGACAGAGCCGACACCUGCCGGCACCAUUGCAGGGGCACCCGCGACGACGAGGCCUCUGCAGGCCCGGAGAAACACGCCGUUGCCGGAAAUCCCCGUGGAAGAACGAGAUCCAGCGACGAGCGCUACCGGCCAGCACACCAACACGCGCUCGCUCUCCACGCCCACGAUGACGAACCUUGAUGCGGCCCACGACGAUAGGCUGCAGCGGAGAAGGUCGGAACUGGACUGGAUUGUGCCGGUGAUGCCGAGAAGAGAAAGGGAACCCCGUCCAAGAAGCAUCUCCGAGCGUCUGAAUCCAACACUCGAAUCUGCCAAACAGGAACGAGACAAGUAUGCAUUCAAAGCAAAGAUGUCCGGCUAUGCGAUCAAUGCCGCUAUUGGAAUGCAAGUGGUGCUCGGUGCAUUGACGACGGGGCUCUCGGCUGUCACCUCAGGAAGACAGACUUCCAUCAUGACAUCUAUUCUUGGUUUGCUGCUACCUCGGACCCCGUGUGAUAAAAACACUGACAGGAACGUCCAGGCGGGCUGUCGACCAUCUUCGCAUCCUAUCUUGCUCGGGCUCGAGGAUCAAAUGAACCCGAACUGAGUAUUACAAGAAGAAAGGAUCUCGAGCAGUACGUCCGGGAAUGCGAGAUAUUUCUCAUGGACUUUGGGCAUGUGACUUCGGGAGAACAUGAUGCGCGGUUGGACUCGAUGAGGGCCCGGUUCGAAGAAUUACUGGGCAACGGUAAUGGGGAAAGAAGAUUAGAUUCUGCAUGAGCCGGACACUAUCUUUAACUCUAUCUAUCUUUGUCUCGAGUAUGUUUCCCUUUUGAGACACGAGAGGGACGGGAGCUGUCGAGGGUGGAAUUACAUCGUGUCAUACAUGGACUACAAGCGGGGAUAGACACGUUGUUUCCACGCGAUCGAAUUCAAUCUGAUUCUAUGGCCUGGGACCUGGGCUCUAGUCCAGGCCCACGCCUCGACUCGAACUAGCGAUAAGUAUCCACACCGUUCGAACGCGUUGACCAAAAAGGAAACGCGCAGAUCAUUGGCGUCCACUGUUGCCGUAGGGACCGGAUUCAAGUCUAGUCCAUGAGCUCGACGUCCUUUGCCUUUGCCAUUCGCUUUAAUUUU